AGAAAUUGAGGUGAAUCUGGUGAAUACUGUGAAGUCGUAACAAAGGAAAGAAGAAGAAGAAGAAAGGAGAAGGAAGGAUGCAUCCCUACGCACACGAUUUGUCAUUAAUUGACAUAAAUUUCAGUUACGGUUACUCAUAUUCAGAUCCCAUUAUCAACCCCUUCGCACAUCAUCUUCACUCUUUUCAAAACGAUGAUAAUGAUCGCCCAGACGACACCGUUUUGUUCCAUCGCCACGACGGAACCUCCCCUCUUCCUUUCGGCAUGGAUUGGAGCCCUCCUCCUCGCAAAUGGGAUGGACGCAACACUGUUUGGCCGAUUCAUCCUCCUAAUGGUUGGAGUUUCUGUGUUACGGUUCCUUCAUGGGUUGCUGUUCCCCAAUCCAUAAAUUCUGAUCCUAUCGUGUUUUUCAGGGUUCAAGUUGGUAUACAAUCCCCGGAAGCAAUCACCACUACUCGAAUAGUAUUACGCAGAUUUAAUGAUUUCUUGAACUUGUUUUCUGAACUGAAAAAAGAAUUUCCCAUGAAAAAUCUGCCUCCAGCUCCACCAAAAAAGAUAUUGAGAAUCAAAAGCCAGACUCUUUUGGAAGAGAGACGGCGCUUAUUAGCGGAUUGGAUGGAAAAAUUGUUAUCGGACAUUGAUAUAUCAAGAAGUGCCCCAGCAGCAAUAUUUCUUGAGCUAGAAGCUGCUGCUAGAUCUUCAUUCCAUGAUGUGAAUCAGCAUAUUUCAGAUGAAACAUCUGCUAGUGGUACUCCACGAUCAUAUAUGUUCCAAGAUAACGCACAUGGUUCUGUAAAGGCUCAUAGUUCAACUGCUGCAUCCAAUUCUGGUAAUGAUACCCCUUAUGAGGUCUCUGAUCUAGGAACACCAAGGCAUGGAAAAGAUAAAUGUUCUUAUCAAGGCAGGGAUAAUUCAACAUUAGAACAUGACUUAAUUAAUCCAACUGAAACAACUGUUGAUCAUGCCACAUCCAGCAAAGACUCUAUUUAUGCGGAUAAUAGUACAGACAAAGUCACUGAGAUUCCUGCUGAUGCUAUUGCUCUUCGCCUUGAUGGAACUGAGUUUACACCUGCAGUACAAAAUGAUAAGUUGAAAGCUGAUGUCAAGAGACUGUCAACAGAAAGCAUUGGAAGUGAUAUAAGCUCUUCUAGGAAUACUGAAACAUCAAAUUCAACUGUGACCACUUUGCUUCAGGAUGCUUCCCAUAACCUUCCUGGGAUCCAUGAACCUUCCAGAAACUCAGAUUUAUUGGUGACUUUUCAUUUGGAUGAACGAAACAAGUUGAACAGAAUUCUUAAUACACAGAAGCAGAGACUGGCCACUGCAAAAACAGAUGUGGAGGAUCUUAUAGCAAGACUGAAUCAAGAAAUGGCUGCAAGACAGUAUCUCAUAACUAAGGUCAAAGAUUUGGAGGUUGAACUUGAAACAACUCGACUGAAUUGCAGAGAAAACAUGCAGCAAGCUGUUUUAAAUGAAAAGGAAAGGCUUACACAAAUGCAGUGGGACAUGGAGGAACUUCGAAGGAAAUGCCUGGAGACGGAAAUGAAAUUAAAAUUCGAAGAGGAUGAAAGGCUGCUAGCAGAAUCAACAAACGCAUCCAUCAUUCAGGAGAAGCAAAUGUUGCAGCAAGAAUUAGGUGUGGCUAGAGAACAAUUUGAGCACUUGCGGAAACAUCAUGAUGAAUUUGAGAUGAAAUCAAAGACAGAUGUGAAGUUGCUAAUAAAGGAAGUCAAGUCCCUUAGAAGUUCUCAGUUCGAACUGAAGCAGCAGCUCAGUGAAUUGAUGAAGGAAAAAGUAGACGUGGAGAAAAUUCUCCAGAAGGAAAAGCAAAGAAUGGAACUUUCUCAUAAUGCUAAUGCAAAAUUGCUGCAUGAAUGUGCAAUCCUUCAGAAGAGGCUUCAGGAGUGUAGUGUAAACUUCCUUGCUGAAGAGGAAGAUAAACUAAAUGUUGACACUUCGCCAUCUGAUGCUUUGGAUUUAUUAGCAACAUCAGAUAAUCGGAUAGGUCUCUUGCUUGCAGAGGCACAGCUCUUAGCACAAGAUGUAGAAAAUGCUGUUGCUGUGGAUGAGACCCGCAAUAUAACUACAGAUGAUACAGGGAUAACGUAUGAUGAAUUGAGGAAGAUGCUGGCAGAUAUGUUUGUAGACAAUGCCAGUUUAAGGAAACAAAUCAAUUCUGUUAUUCGUUGUGCUCUAAAUUCAAGUAUCAAAUCUGAGGGGGAUGAAGAAGAGGAAAUCCAUUUACAAAAAACUGUUCUAAGCAAGUUCUUAGAAAGAUGACAUGUUUUAUACUUCAUGCAUACCCU